UAUAACACUGUCAGCAAAAAAAAAUUUGAAAUUAAGGAAAGAGAGGACGGUAAUUUAGUGAUAACCAAAUUGAACUGUCAUGGAGUAGUGAAUGUAUUCGACUCCACAGCUAAGGCCUUCUAUACUCUCAGCAAUUCUACUUUCAUUUUGAAUAAACACGAACCAUCAACCGAGUAUUCACUCACCGCAACUGGUUUAGAAAAUGUAGAAUGGACUACUGACUGGAGCUACCAAACACCAAAAACUCAUUAUGCAGAAAAUGCAGCUUUUGAUGUUACUAAUGAACGUCACGUUGUCAACCAAGCAGAUCUAAUAACUGAAGUCAAACGCCUAUUGAACGUUGCCGCUCAUUAUAUUGAAGAGAGUCCAAUUGACGCCAAAGAACCCAACUGGGAGAGUAGCAAAAGCAUCAUCAGUAUCCGCGAUCAUUUGAACUACGCUGAUAUUUCAACAUUCGAACAAAUUUUUGCUGAUACUCAAAAUGUUGCGACUCAUUAUGAAAAAAUUAUCAGAAGUUUGUUCGUGGGUAUUUUACCUCAAGUAGGAACCACCGCAGCAACUCUCUUUACUUGGAAUCUCGUAAAGACCAAAAAAGUCACUGAUGUUGAGGCGAUGGAAAUGUUGGCAAAACUUCCAUUUAACAUUAGAGAUCCACCUAAAAAAGUACUGAAUGUAUUAGAAUCCAUGCCUACAGAGAGUGAAUCUCUCUCUCCACCAGUCCAUAAAUCUUCCAUUCUUGCUUUUUCCACUUUAGUGUUUAGAUCAUUCAGCAGCGGGCCUGAAGACAAUGAAACACACAAGAAAUAUUUAGACCUUUUCCACGAUCGUUUUUCAAAUGCUCCCGACUACGACACGAAAAUGACGUAUCUCACAGCUAUCGAGAACGCUCUAGGAAGAAAAGUGUACGAGCCUUUGGCACGACUUGUCCGUGGCGACAUUCGACUUCCUCAAUAUCCGAACCAAAUCCGUUUGAUGGCAUUAAGGGCAAUUGCAAGACCCGCUUCAACUAAUUACAAUCUUGUUUACGAAUUGUACUGGCCUAUUAUGUCUGACUAUACUCUUCCUACAAGCCUCCGUAUAACGGCUUACACCUAUCUUAUUAAGAACGCAAAAACGAUGGGUGACGUGCUCCGCCUUUACUGGUUUAUGGUCUACGAAAAGAGUGAGCAUUUGUACAACUACCACUUCACAACAGCUAAAGGAAUUGCAAGUUCAUCUGACCCUUGUAACCCACAACUGAAAGAAUUCGUCAAGAAAAUUUUACGUUUCACCCGAGUUCAUGCACCAGUGCCCUAUGAUCUUUCAGCUAGCUACAAUACUGAAACAAUUGACGAAACCGGAAAUGGAUUUAGAAUUAAAUUAUCUGUAAUUCGUAAUGAAGAAAAUAGUUUACCUACAGAUCUUUACUUAGAGCAAGCAUUCGUGAAAGGACAUAGAGUAGUCAGCGAUUGGACUGUUUACUUACAUCUAGGAGGCAUGGACGAUCUUUUGACGUUAUUUACAAGUAACAUUUUGAAAAGUACUGAAACUAUCAAGCAAACCUUCAUUUUCGAUGUCGUUAAAGGAUUGUCAAGUGCUUUGUCUUCGUUGAACGAUUCUCACGUAGACGUGGUACUCUCUCACAGAGGGCAAGUCGUCCUGACUUAUCAUGCCAAUAAUCAGUCAUGGUUGAAUUUGAACAAUAACAUUGAUAAAAUAAUGAAAACAUUCACAACUCCCUCAACUGCUCCAGUGUCAACCGAUGCAAAUGAAGUCGAUUCCUAUCAUGUAUUCUGGCAUGAGUUGUCUCAAAGUCAUUUCGUAAGUGACAUGGGAUUACCGGUUGUUUUCACAAGACAAUCACCAGCUUCUUACGCACUAAAAAUAAAGAAAACUCCGACCAAUGAUAGUAAAUCGUUAGAAUCACAAAUCGUGGCUAAAUUUUCGAUGGUUCAUGAGGUCUCUGCAUCUAUUUACUGUCCAUUAGUUGACGUUUGGCACACUGUUGAUCAAACAUCAGUUGUUGCUUCUAACAUUUCCUUUAAAUUUCACGUAAAUGUAAACCCUGCUUAUGAAUUAUUGAGAAAUAUUUAUCCAAGAUACUGGGAUAUCAACUUUACAGAAGGUAAUAUGUUGCUUUACAACAAGUAUACUGUUUCUAUCAAAGAUUAUAAUACUAACAAGUUAACGAGGGAUUGUUCAACUUGUGAUCGUGUGGAAGUUGUUACUAACAAUAUUGAUACCAUCAAUAAAUCGAAUUCUGUGAACGUCUUGAGCGAUGGAUUGUUUUACGAGAUAACAUCAUUCAAUUGUGACAGUCAAUCAGGUGUCACAACAGCAAGCAAGAAAUGGUUGGAAUCGGGUAAAAAUUUUGAAAGCUUCAAUUUUGGCAGUUUCCCGAUUACACCAGAACUCCAAAACUGUGGAAAUUAUAUAAAAAUUAAACCAUCGACUAAUACGACCUUUAUUGCGCUUUAAGUACCACAUCAGCUGUUGCAGAAUAUAUGUACUACAAAAGUCAUAUAUUCGAUAAAUGAUAUGAUUAUUGAAUAUGUUG